UAUGAAGGGUGAUAUUAUACAACCACGGCUUCAAAAUGGCAAGCGUGGCCUCAUCUUCUACUGCAAAUGCUUUUGCUAAAUUCCCUCUCCCCUUUUCCUCGGCGAGGAAUUCGCCUCCGACCCUUUUGCUUCCACGCCGCCGCCGAUCCAUUGCUGCUCGAAUCUAUGCGUCGGCGUCGGUGGCGACCUCGGUGCCAUCUAAGCCGGAUGAUUUGGUGGAAAACAUUCUGUCCAAGGUUAUGCAAACAGAUAGAGGUGUUCUGCUUACAAGGGAUGAACACCAGAAGGUUGCUGAAGUGGCCGAUGCAUUACAACGGUUCUGCGUUGAUGAGCCGGUAAAGUGUCCACUUAUAUUUGGAGAGUGGGAUGUGUUGUACUGUUCAAAUCCUACAUCGCCUGGCGGUGGCUACCGGAGUGCAGUCGGCCGGCUUGUAUUCAAAACUAAGGAAAUGAUGCAGGCUGUUGAAGCCCCUGAUGUUGUGAGAAAUCGGGUGUCCUUUUCCCUUUUCGGCUUCUUAGACGGAGAGGUUUUACUGAAGGGAAAACUGACGGCUUUGGAUGAAAAAUGGAUACAAGUAGUUUUUGAGCCACCAGAACUGAAGGUUGGAGGACUGGAAUUUAAGUAUGGUGGUGAGAGUGAAGUGAAGCUGCAAAUAACAUACAUAGACGAGAAUAUCAGACUGGGAAAGGGCUCUAGAGGUUCUUUGUUUGUCUUUCAGAGGUGCAAACCAUUGUCUUGAGACGCCGCGUAUUUUCAGGACAAUGUCCAUUCACCAUAUCAAGAGUUGUAUCAUUCAAAAGUACUUGUGUUAAAAAUCUGAACAGCUCAGAUCAUCAUGUGUCAUAUGUAAAGACAAAGUCGUCUAUUUAGAGCAUCCAAACAAGUGUAUCAAUGAAGUCAUCUGAGCUCGUUUAACAUC